AUGAGGGCGGCCGCCGCCUACGUCCUGUUCCUUGCCCACCUCAUACAGGCCACGUACGCGAGCGGAUUCUUCGAGGUGCAGAUCCUCUCGCUGACGAACAACAGGGGCACCCUGGUGGACGGUAGGUGUUGCGGCGGGGGAGGCGAUGGCGGAGGAAAGGGUGGAUUACCACCGUGCACGACACCGUGCUCGACGGCCUUCUGGCUCUGCCUGAAGGAAUAUCAGUCGAACGUCACCGCCAUCGGCUCAUGCAGCUUCGGCAACGUAUCUAGUCACGCCCUCGGCCAGAACACCUUCACCCUCAGCGAACCGGUCACCCUGCAACUGCACUUCACAUUCCGAUGGACGAGGCAAUUCACGCUGAUCCUGCAAGCGAGAGACGAGGCGAGCGCAGGCGUGAUCGAGGAAGCGAGUUACAGCGGCAUUGUCCUGCCAGGACCCACGUGGCACACUCUCAAUCAACAAGGAAGAAACGCUCAUCUAGCUUAUCGCGUUCGGGUCCAGUGCGCGGACCAUUAUUACAACGCGACCUGCACGAAGUUCUGCAGGCCAAGGAACGACAUAUUCGGCCAUUACACCUGCGACGAGAACGGCGAUAAGGUGUGCAUACAGGGCUGGAAGGGCUCCGACUGUGAAAUAGCGGUCUGUAAGGAAGGUUGCCACCCUGUCCAUGGGCAUUGCAAUGUAAGCGGCGAAUGCAAGUGUCGACAUGGUUGGCGCGGCGAACUCUGCGACCAGUGCACCCCGUAUCCUGGUUGCAAACAUGGAUAUUGCAACGGUUCCAGUUGGCAGUGCAUCUGCGACACGAAUUGGGGCGGUAUCCUCUGCGACCAGGAUCUCAACUAUUGCGGCACGCAUGAACCUUGUCAGAACGGGGGGACGUGCGAGAAUACGGCGCCAGAUCAGUAUAAGUGCACUUGUCCCGAGGGAUUCUCGGGACCGACCUGCGAGAAGGUCGACAAUCCUUGCGCCUCCAACCCCUGUGCUAACGGGGCGACCUGCAGGGAACUAGGUGAGAGUGCGCAUUGCGAAUGCGCGCCUGGCUUCAGUGGACCUUAUUGUGCCACUGAUAUCGACGAGUGUGCCUCUCAACCCUGCCAAAAUGGUGGUACCUGCGUCGAUGGAAAGAACGGAUUCGUAUGCAAUUGCCCUCCAGCCUGGCAAGGUGUUCUCUGCCAAUUCGACGUGGACGAAUGCGCUCUGAAGGAGUCGCCGUGUAAGAACUCGCUGACCUGCGUCAAUCUUGCUGGUGAUUACAAGUGUCGCUGCAGGAGCGGCUUCACAGGAAAGAAUUGCACGAAGAACAUCAACGAUUGCAUCGGCCAGUGCCAGCACGGGGCAUUAUGCAUCGAUCUGGUCGAUGACUACCACUGCAGUUGCACCGCUGGUUACUCAGGCAAAGAUUGCGAUGUAGACAUCGACGAAUGCGCCUCAAAACCCUGUCAAAAUGGCGGUGAAUGCAGAGACCUGGUUAAUGCUUAUGAAUGCGUCUGCCCGGUUGGUUUCACCGGAUAUCAAUGCGAGAUCGACAGGGAUCAUUGCAGCCCGAACCCCUGCAGAAAUUCCGCACCCUGCUUCAACACACAGACUGAUUAUUACUGCCACUGUCCAGAGCAAUGGCAGGGAAAGAAUUGCUCCGAGCCAGCUUCUCAUAAUCCCCAAUUUGGCGUUAUGGAUGAAGAGUCUGGCUGCGGUAGCGAGGGCACACCAUGCGGUGGUAGAGGCAGAUGUAGCGGUGGCAGAUGCAUCUGUGAUGCCGGCUACACUGGGAUGCACUGCCACGAGAACAUCAAUGACUGUAGGGGAAACCCUUGUUUGAACGGCGGCACGUGUGUCGAUUUGGUUAAUUCAUUCCAGUGUAUCUGUAGGGAGGGCUGGACUGGAGAUCUGUGCGAUCAAGACGUGGACGAGUGCACAAACUCACCCUGUCGCAACAAUGGAACUUGUGUGGACGGUGUUGCAGACUUCACCUGCAUUUGUAGAGGUGGUUGGAAAGGCAAAACCUGCGCACUUCGUGCCGGUCACUGUGAACCAGGUACCUGCCGCCAUGGUGGAACUUGCCAAGAUCGCGGCGAUGGAUUCACUUGCCAUUGUACUCCAGGAUGGGAAGGUGCUGCUUGUCACAUAGCAUCUCCGGCGUGUGCGAGUAAUCCUUGCGAGAACGGAGCAACCUGUGUGAACACUGCCGACGGAAACUAUAGAUGCGUUUGCCGUGAAGGCUUUGAGGGUCCGAAUUGUCGUAGAGAUGUCGAUGAUUGUCAACCAUUACCCUGUCUAAACGGUGGCAAAUGCGUGGAUGGAAUUAACUGGUUCAGGUGUGAAUGUGCACCAGGUUUCACAGGGCCUGACUGCCGCAUAAAUGUAAAUGAAUGCGCUAGCGAUCCCUGCACAGGUGGAUCUACCUGUGUGGACGGUAUAGCGAGCUAUUCCUGUAUCUGCCCACCAGGAAGAACCGGAGUACGUUGCGAGAUUCGCACCGCAGGUGGUCCAGGAUGCCCCGUAGCCAGUUGGGACGAUGAUUGCAACGUUUGCGAGUGUCGUAAUGGAAAGAAUCAAUGCAGCAAUAUCUGGUGUGGUCCUGGUAAUUGCCUGAACGGUACCUCAUGUCUGGCUCAUGAGGUCUGCGUGCCUAGUCCAAGCGAAAGUUGCCUAGCACCACCAUGUCCCGCCUGGGGAGAAUGUCGCCCUGUAGAGACUGGAAGAAGAGUAGGACCUCCUGCUCUACCUGCACCACCUUCCUGUUGGCCUGGACAGGCUACACCGGGUCCAACAUGCUCCAGACUCACUAUUCUGUUAAGAAGAGAUACCCUGGCUGCUGGUACGUCGGUAGAAAUCCUCUGUAGGCGUCUGAGGAAACUACUGGCCGAUCCGAGAAGACCGCAAUCAAUAGUUCUUCUAUGUGAUCUUAAGCCUGGUGAUAACGAUACAGUGGAGGUGACCAUCUUCUCAGAAGCUGCCGCAGAUGCAGCCAGAGACUUGGGUGAGGCUCUCAGCAGACCCCUGGGCAGACCUCUCGCUCUGGCCUCCGUGCUGGAGGUCAAAGUGGAGACGGCCUUGCUCAGCGAACCGAGCUCCGUGAACUCCAGCAGCGCCGGAAGCUACGUAGCCGUUUUAGGCGGAGCUCUGGCAACAGUUUUGGUACUGGCACUAUUUGGUGGGUUAUGGUAUCUUCGAACGGUCAGACAAAGAUCUAGCCUAACAGCAACGACCAGCAGUGAGACCUCGUUGCAUCGACACCGCAGCGAUUUAGACGAGAAAUCGAAUAAUCUGCAAAACGAAGAAAAUCUAAGGAGAUAUGCGAACCCUUUGAAAGACCAGGACCAAGGAGAACCAAGGGUUUCCGUGGUGAGACCACUGUCUGGUACUUCGUUAGGUGCUCUAGGUGCGACCGAAGAAAGCUUAGAAAUGGUNUCGGAAGAGAGUAGACAUCGCCUGCCACCACUUUAUAAACCUCCCAGCGCGGAAGCUAGAAAUAAUACUGCCAGUUUCACAUAUGAAGAAGGACCCCAUAAACCGUACAGCAAACCCAGAUUGCAGGAGCCGACAUAUUCUCAUCAGCAGCCAGGUACCAGCCAGACUUCAGGACCCCAUCAAGUACUAACGGUUCACGUGUAA